AUGCGUCGCAGGCGUCGGAGGUCCACAGGCAGUUGGGCGGUGCUUUGGGAGAUGGCGAUUCGAGUGGCGAUUAACGGCACCGUUAUCUUCGUUUACUUCAACGCUGGCUACAACGACAUGCUGGAGAACUGGGCAUGGCACGUGCAGGCGGUGGGGCUGGGCGGCCAUUUCAUCAUCUUUGCUGCAGACCAGACAGCUCUAGCCUUCGCCACCAGCACAUGGCCGGGUCAGGCCAUCUUGCUACCGUUUUCAGGGCAGUUCGGGCAAGAAGAGAAAAUUAGUAAUGAGUCGGCGCAUGUCUAUGGGGAUGCUGGUUUUCACAAAGUGGCAUCGCAUCAUGCUGGGGGAGAGGGGGAUAUGGGGGAGGUAGGAGCAACCGCAGAAGGAGGAGGAGAGGGAGCAGGAAAGUCUGGUGGAAGGGGAGAGGAAGUGUCAGAUGAUGCAGGGACAGAGAGGGAGGAGGAAGGGUGGCAAAAGCGGCAGUUGCAAGAGGAGCAGGAGAGUAAAGUGGCUCAGGGAGAAAGUCAGGGGAAAGAGGAGGAGGGUGUACAGCAGCAACAAUUGGGGCAGCAGCAGGAGGAGCAGAAGGAGCAGGAGGAGCAGGCGGAAGGGGGAGAGGAGGAGGAUUUUGGUGGGGAUGGGUGGGUUAUCGUGGUGGUGGUGUGUGAAGGGGAAGGAGGCCUGCUUCUCAACUGGCUUAAGGGCAUAUCGCUGCUUGGAUUCGGCAGACGGUUUGUGGCUGCAGUGGUAGAGGAGGUGAGCUGGCCGUGGCAUCGUCUAUCCCUGGGUUCAGCAGCAACCUCCCCCCAAGUCCCAUCCGCCAAUGCCUCUUGGGUGUGCUCUGCGCUUCCAGCACUCCUGGCAGCUCAGCUCAUGCAGGCAGAGCAGAGCACCAUCGUCAGUUCCUCUCCUACUGCCCCUUGUCCUUCCCUCUCAUGCAGUGAUGUCAGCACUGUAUGGUUAAAGGACCGCAUCCCCUUCGUCUCCCCAGACUAUUACCUCAUCCUUCCUUCAUUCCAAGACCAUUUCCUGUAUCGCGCCUUCGCCAUCACGCUUUCGUCCGAUGUCCGUCACCCUCGCUCUCCCCUCCCUUCCUGUCGACAAGUUUUCUCCCUGUCGCCUUUCCCAUCGUCCUCGUUGACGGUUGCUCUCUCCCUGAAAUGCCCGCCUCCUAACGCCUUUCUUCUCUCCCCUCCCAUCGCCUGCUCGCUCUCCCUCCCGUCGCUUUCUUCUCUCCCCUCCCGUCGCCUGCUCGCUCUCCCUCCCGUCACCUUCUCUCCCCUCCCGUCGCCUUCGCGCUCUCUCCCCCGUUGCCUUCGCGAUCUCCCUCCCGUCGACUGCGCGCUCUCCCUCCCGUCGCCUUCACGCUCUCUCCCUCGUGGCCUUCCCGCUCUCCGUCCCAUCGCAUGGGCGCUCUCCCCUCCCCUCGUGGCCUUUCUUCUCUCCCCUCCCAUCGCCUGCUCGCUCUCCCUCCCGUCUCUUUCUUCUCUCCCCUCCCGUCGCCUGCUCGCUCUCCCUCCCGUCACCUUCUCUCCCCUCCCGUCGCCUUCGCGCUCUCUCCCCCGUUGCCUUCGCGAUCUCCCUCCCGUCGACUGCGCGCUCUCCCUCCCGUCGCCUUCGCGCUCUCUCCCUCGUGGCCUUCUCGCUCUCCGUCCCAUCGCAUGGGCGCUCUCCCCUCCCCUCGUGGCCUUUCUUCUCUCCCCUCCCAUCGCCUGCUCGCUCUCCCUCUCGUCGCCUUCUUCUCUCCCCUCCCGUCGCCUGCUCGCUCUCCCUCCCGUCACCUUCUUCUCUCCCCUCCCGUCGCCUUCGCGCUCUCUCCCCCGUUGCCUUCGCGAUCUCCCUCCCGUCGACUGCGCGCUCUCCCUCCCGUCGCCUUCGCGCUCUCUCCCUCGUGGCCUUCUCGCUCUCUGUCCCAUCGCAUGGGCGCUCUCCCUCCCAUCGCCCUUGCAAUUUCCCCUCUCUUCCCGUCGCCCACUUCAUCUCCUAUCGCUCACGUCCUCCCUUCCCGUCGGCAUCGCGCUCACGUUCCUCCCUCCAAUCGACAUCGCCCUCACGUCCUCCCGUCCCGUCGUUCGCCUCCUCUCUCCCAUCCCGUCGUUCACCUCUUCUCCCCUCCCACCCCAUCGUUCGCUUCCUCUCCCCUCCCAUCCCGUCGUUCGCCUCCUCUCCCCUCCCAUCCCGUCCCCCAAGUCCAAGGAUACGUAUUUUAUCGCAGCUCUGCUCUCAUCUCUUGCAUAUGGGUGUGUGCUGGAUUUUCCAUGUGUUGUUGAUUGA